GAGGCCGGUCGGGUGGUCCCCAGGACGAGGCUGAAUUUAAAAUUAGGGUGUCCUUGGACGUCUGUGGCUGACCUGCUGGCCUAGAAUGGACCAGCAGGACAAAGCAGCAACAGUGGCAAUGGCCUCGCGGCCUCAAGCAACACCACUUCAGGAGCCAGUGACUUUCCGAGAUGUGGCUGUGGACUUUACCCAAGAGGAGUGGGGGCAGCUGGACCCUACCCAGAGGACUCUGUAUCGUGAUGUGAUGCUGGAGACCUUUGGGCACCUUCUCUCUGUGGGUCCUGAUCUUCCCAAACCUGCAGUUAUCUCCCAGCUGGAACAAGGUGCUGAGCUGUGGGUGGCAGACAGAGGAGGCGCCUGGGCCUGCCAUCCAGGCUGGAUUCUUGAACCUGAAGACCACAUAUUGCUCAAGGACCAAGGCCUUCCAAAAAUGGAACCAUCCCCCAUUACAGAAAAGGAUGGGUUUGCAAAGGCUGUUCCUUGUCAUUCUAUGACAGGGAUAGAUCAGGAAAGUGAUGGCCAGAGGCAGGAACUCAAGAAGGACCAGAGUAACUUAGGGCAGUUGAAUGAGCCCAAAGAGAUACCAGUUCAAAGUCAAAGCCACAAAAGUCUUGGACUUGUGGAAACCUGUGUUCUUGGCUUAAACACAUAUCUAUUACCAGAUAUUUCUGGACAAGAGUAUGGCUGUACUUAUGGCUCACAAAUUAAAAAUUCAGAACAUAAUCCAAGCUUAGUUAGACAACAGACAGAUUCCCCAGCAACACAGCCCUCUGAUGACAAUGGCGGUCAAAAAGCCUUUGAUCAGAUUAUGCCCAUUACAGAACUCACAAAAAGUCAGGUGCAAGAUAAACCCUAUAAGUGUACUGAUUGUGGGAAGUCAUUUAACCAUAAUGCACAUCUCACAGUGCACAAGAGAAUUCAUACGGGAGAAAGACCUUACAUGUGCAAAGAGUGUGGGAAAGCCUUCAGCCAAAACUCCUCCCUUGUUCAACAUGAGCGAAUCCACACUGGAGACAAGCCUUAUAAGUGUGAGGAAUGUGGGAAAUCUUUUUGCCACAGUACACACCUUACAGUCCACAGGAGAAUUCACACUGGAGAGAAACCCUAUGAGUGUCAGGACUGUGGAAGGGCCUUCAAUCAGAAUUCAUCCCUAGGUCGACACAAGAGGACACACACUGGAGAGAAGCCUUAUACCUGCAGUGUUUGUGGGAAAUCCUUCUCCCGGACCACUUGCCUCUUCCUGCACCUGCGGACUCACACUGAGGAAAGGCCAUACGAGUGUAAUCACUGUGGAAAGGGCUUCAGGCACAGUUCCUCCCUGGCCCAGCAUCAGCGGAAGCAUGCUGGUGAGAAACCCUAUGAGUGCCGACAGAGGCUGAUUUUUGAGCAGGCACCAGCUUUAACAAAGCAUGAGUGGACAGAACCCCUCAGCUGUGACCCACCGUUGAGUCAAGGUGACAGGACUCAACGGAGCGAUAGGCCCUUUAAAUGUAAUCAGUGUGGAAAGUGUUUCACUCAGAGUUCUCACCUCAUCCGACAUCAGAUAACCCACAACAGAGAGGAAGAACCACUACGUGGAUGUAGCAGAAGGCAGGAACAGCCCUGUAGACGGGGCUCGAGACUCAUUCAGAAUCCAAACUCCAAUUCAAGAGAGCUUCCUGUAGCCCAGGCAAGGGCAGGACAAGCAAGCAGAACCCUGGCCUUGUUUGACCUUCAUGAAAUUAUGCAGGAGAAAAAUCCUGUGCAUGUUACUGGGGUAGAAGAACCUUCAGUGGGCAACUCCAUGCUGUUUGACACCAGAGAAUCUAGAUAGGAAGAUAAUUCUUUAGAUAACUUUUGAGUUUCCAGGCACAAACAUUAUGCCCACACAGUGUAUGGGCGGCAAUAGAUGUUACAAUAUCAGUAUUGACCUCUGACUUCCUAAGGAAGUGGUGCCUCCCACACAGUUGAAGUUGGUGGUUCUCAAAUGUAUCAAACUCAGCUCCUGUUUUUGUUUGUUUUCUGAGAUAAGGUCCCAUGUGGCCCAAGCUGGCCUCAAACUCACUAUAUAUCCAAGGAUGACCUUGAAUUUUCUUAUCCUUCUGUUUCAUUUGCCUCCCUAAUUCUGGGAUCAUGGCUGUGUGCCACUAGACCCAGCAACAACAGACACCUUGAGAUAUCUUCUCCAUUAUACCACAAUGAGUUUACCAGAAAUAAAACCUCUGCACAGGCAUAGUGUGGAAAUAACAUA